AUGGUAGUAAAGAGUCAGACCUUCCAGCAGCACUUGGCAGAUCUGAGAGAAGUAUUUGGGGUGCUGGAGCAAUGCAGAGUAAGGUUGAAUUCGGCUAAGUGUGCAUUCUUCAUCAGAGGUGGAAAAUUCUUGGGGUACAUGGUUAGUGGAAAGGGUAUUGAGCCAAAUCCAGAGAAGGUGGAAGCGAUACUAAAGAUGCCCGAGCCGACCUGCGUGAGAGACGUGCAGAGGCUCACCGGGAGGGUGGUAGCACUUAACCGUUUCAUGUCCAAGUUAGUAGACAGGUGCCUACCAUUCUUCAAGAAACUGAGAAAAGUCCCAAACUUCGAGUGGACUGAGGAUUGCCAACAAGCUUUCAAGAGCCUCAAGCAAUACCUCAGUUCUCUACACGUCCUCAGCAACCCACUAGCCGAGAAGGAACUCCUGAUCUACUUGGCAGCCUCAGAACAAGCUAUAAGCGUCGUGCUAGUAAGAGAAGAGGGAGGAGAACAGAAGCCAAUAUUUUACGUCAGCAAGGUGCUCAAAGAUGCCGAGGUCAGAUACUUAAACAUAGAGAAGUUGGCAUACGCUAUAUUAUUAGCAGUGAGAAAAUUCAGGGUAUACCUUGAAAGCCAUCAAGGAGUGGUGAUGACAGAUCAACCCCUAAAGAAGAUCCUUCACAGACCAGAGACGUCAGGUCGGAUGGUGGCUUGGUCUGUUGAAAUUAGCCCAUAUUGCCUGGAAUAUCGACCUCAGACAACCAUCAAAGCCCAAGCUCUUGCUGACUUCAUAGCAGAAUGCUCGUUCAACGAAGAGCAAACGGAGCCUAGGGAGAAGCCAAAUGAUGUGUUGGGAGGAGAACAGGAAGAGUUGUUCCCUCAGGAAUUCAACUGGAAGUUAUUUGUAGAUGAAGCGUCUAAUGCUGGGGGCAACGGGGCUAGAAUAAUGCUGAAAGGGUCUGAAGGGUUUGAGGUCUGUUAUGUCCUGAAAAUGGAGUUCCCCGCCUCAAACAACAUAGCAGAGUACGAAGCCUUGAUAAAUGGAAUGCUAAUAGCAAUGAAGGUAGGAGCAAUCGACCUAAAAAUAAACAGCGACUCUCAGCUGGUGAUCAAUCAGAUAACUGGGGCAUACCAGGCAAGAGACCCCACCAUGCAAAAAUACCUAGCGAAGGUAAAGGCUGUAGAGGCCAAGCUCGGUGAGCAGGGAAUCACUAUACAGUAUCAGAGGAUACCUAGAGAAGAGAACGAGGAAGCAGACAUGCUCAGUUGUUUGUCUAAAGAAGAGUUGGAGCAACUCCCAGAUGAAGUAUACGUGCAACAUGUCAGCAUCCCAACCUACGAGUGGUCUGUCACAGUAUUGGAGGUCGAAGAAUGGAAGAGCUGGAUGACCCCAUAUCUGGAGUACCUGGAAAAAGGAAAACUCCCUGAAGACAAAGCCGAAGUAAAGAAAAUUUCAGCCCGAGCUACCAAUUACCAAGCGAUAAGGGGAACCCUGUACCGAAGAGGAAAGUUCAGCCCGUGGCUCCGAUGUGUAAGCCCGGAAGAAGCUAGCAGGGUUAUGGAGGAGAUCCAUCAGGGAAUGUUUGGAGCUCAUGAAGGGGUAGAGAUUUUGGCAAACAAAAUUUUCAGACAAGGAUACUAUUGGCCUACAGUCAAGAAGGAGGCAGCAUAA